AUGGUGUUUUGCCCUGCAGCUCAGGUGGUGGCCGCUGCGGCGCUGGGUGCCUCCUGUGCCGUGCUCGCGUCCUCGGUGCGGCUGAGCCACCGGGAGGCCAUGCUCGAGAACCAGCUUGAAGAGCUCUUUGCACAGCGGCCGCAGAGAGCGAGGGCCGACGAGGCUCUCCGGCGAAAUCUGGCCGAUGUGGCCUCGAACACCUCAGAUUCGGCCCUGCUGACGCGGACAAGCCUCCGCAAGGAAGAGGACCAGCUCGGUGCCCUGAUGUCCGACCUGUCUCCCGGCUCGGGCUUCCUGAGGCCAUUUGUUGAUACCAACUCGACCUGGGCACCGGUGCUCCGAGCUUGGCAUGGAUUCAAGGCGAAGGGUACAGAGUUGUUUGUCCUCGUCUCGAUUUUCAUUACUGGCGCUGGUCUAAGCGAGUUCUUCCCCUUGUUGAACACAGUUCAGGGCUUUCCUUGGCCGAGCUGGUUUGGUUGGUUUUUUGACUUGCUCUGGUGGCUCUUCCGUGUAGAUGUCAACGGACCCAAAUGGAAGCCACCCGUGAAGGGCGAGAAAAUGGGAACGAUCUCCUUCAGCCAGUUAGCUGAGGAGCACUGGGGCGUAAAGCUUCCCAGCUUCUUCCAGGACUACGUGACCGGCGAGCGGGUCCCUUCUUGGGAGGACCACUUCCGGCACGCCACGGGCAUCAAGAUCAUCGACGGCCUCGUCAGCUCAAUGCGGUCUUUCGGCCUGGAGCCGAUUGAGAUGCUUCACGUCACUGAGCCACGCUUCGCCUUCGACUCCGAGGGUCUCACAGAACUCGCUUGGCGCGGCUUUCACCAGUUUGGCCCCACAGAUAUCAAGUUCGCAUCGAAUGGUGUCUGGGGCAUCAAGCUGGUGGAGGAUCUCAUGGAGAAGUUCGGGACAAAGGGCGAGGUUUUAGGUCCCCUGAUGACCGACUCGGCCUUUUCAGCUCACCUCACGCAUGAUGGGGAGCUUUACCACGUCGACAUGUCCGCCCUCGAGCCCUACAAGCCCAUCCCUGGCUAUGCACCGCUGGGGGGUCGGGCGUCCUUCCGCGCCGAAGAUGGACGGCUGAAGACGGUCUUCAUGUCCUACAACGGCAGCAACUACACGAGUUUUGAGGAUCCUCAGUCAGACGAAAUGUAUGCGAAGUCGAUUCGGUAUGGCUGGCGGAUGGCCGAGGCCUCCAUCAUCGCGUCCCUGCUGUCGAUGACGAACCUGAUCCUCCACGUCAAGGAUCUCCACUUAGAGCUUUCGGCGAGCUUCCAGGCGAUAACCGUGGAUGCUUUUGCAGAAAACCCGACGCAUCCCAUCCGCCGCAUGCUCGAUCCCUUCAUCAGCCGCAGUGUGCAAGCGACCAACGACAACUUCAAGCUUCUCUUCGAAUACAAAGCCGCCGAUUUUUCCUUGGCGCCGCUGCCAUCCUCGGAGCAGCUGAAGCUGAUCGAAGACUUCAUCGAAAGCCGGCCGCUGAACUUGGCGGACAUGGACAUGACGCGCUACGGCAGACUCCGCGGGAUGAACGCCAGCGUCUCUUCCAAGGAGGCUGUAGAGGACCCGAACCUCUGGAGCUGGCGGUGGCACUACCGGGCUCUCACCGUGCAGAACCUCUACGACGAGCUGCUCCAGUGCUGGCUUGAUGCGAACUUCCCAGGCAGCGCGAAAGAGCAGGAUCGACAGAUAAGGGAGGAUCCUGACAUCCAGCGCUGGUGGUCCGCCAUGGUGAGGCAUCUGCGACCCCUGCGCCGUGCCCUCGGCACCGCCCCGGACUUUGCCACGUCGACGCCCACGGCACGAGGCCUCCGGCAGAGCCUCCGCACAAUCCUUGUCUGGGUGUCCUGGAUACAUGAAGACGUGGGACAUUCUGCGGCGUCUUAUGUCUACAACCCCGUGUACACGCCGAUGUGUGUGCCCGAGGAUGGUUUGGGCAUCCCGGUGGUUUCCUUCGCGUGGAACACAGCAGCCUACCGUGGCUUUGUCUUCCUCGAGCGGGCCACGCUGCUGGAGGACCCGCCGGGCUUCUGGUUCGACUCAGUGGAAUGCCAAGGGCUUUGGUGGUGGCGCCGCUGCGCCGCACCCAGCGGGGACAAGUCGCUGGGCUGCUUCACCCGCUUCCAGGAGAAGCUGCGGAAGCUUGGGGAGGAGGACAAGGCCUUCUCGGAGUGCGAGAAGAGUGGCUUCUACAGCUGUGUUGGCCGAGUCGAGACGGCUGUCUCCAGCUGA